AUGGCACUCCAUCAGCGCCAGCCGUAUGAAACGGUGGAUAAGCAAAGAGCGACGGACGAUGGUCUGGAUCAGGAAGAUGAUGCGCUUGCCGGGGAUUUCAAGGAACAAGUCCACUUCGACGAUGGGAUGGACGAGCUGGACAGAACAAACUCUUACGGAGGGAGUGGAGCUGGACCACAAGACAUACAAGCCCAACUCACCGCUGCUGCAACACCUUUAGAAUAUCAAGCAACUCUAGAAACCAAAUUCGCAAGCUACGAUAAUUACUGCAGUCUAUUCCACUACAUACUCAACUCGGAAGGGCCAGUGGAUCUUGAAGUGCCGACAUACUACUGGGCCUGGGACGUGAUAGACGAAUUCAUCUACCAAUUCGAAUCCUUCUGCCGCUACCGCAACCGCAUCGCACGCUCCUACACCCCUUCUGCCUCCAACGACGAAACCUCCGAAGCCUCACUUUUGCGCGAAAAUCCGAAUACAUGGGGCUGCUACUCCGUCCUCAAUGUCCUCUACAGCCUAAUACAACGCUCCCAAAUCAACGAACAGCUCCUCGCCAUGAAGCGCAACGAAGACCCCAACGCCGUGGCCGGCGACUACGGCACUCGCCCUCUCUACCGCAUGCUAGGCUAUUUCUCAAUAAUUGGUUUGCUACGUGUGCAUUGCUUGCUCGGCGACUUCGCGCUCGCCCUCAAAACGCUCGAUGACAUCGAGCUAAACAAGAAAGCCAUGUUCGCCCGCGUGAUGGCCGCCCAUUUCACAACAUACUACUACGUGGGGUUCAGCUACAUGAUGCUCCGACGGUACGCAGAUGCGAUCCGCAUGUUCAGCCACAUCCUCGUGUACGUGAGCCGGACGAAGAACUUCCAGAAACAAGGGCCCGGGAGUCAAUAUGACAGUGUGAGCAAGAAAAAUGAUCAGAUGUACGCUCUCAUCGCUAUCUGUGUCGCUUUCAGCCCCACCAAGCUCGAUGAUACUAUACAUACUGCGUUGAGGGAGAAGUACGGGGAGCAGUUGAUUCGUUUGCAGCGUGGAGGGCCGGAAAGCCUGCCACUCUUUGAAGAGCUAUUCAGGUCUGCGUGCCCGAAAUUUAUUUCUCCCACGCCGCCGGACUUUGAUAAUCCGGCGUUGAAUGUGGAUCCCGUGGAUCAUCAUACUGCCAUCUUCAUGGCGGAGGUGCGGAAUACAAUGUUCUCGCCCACCAUCAAAUCGUACUUGAAGCUGUAUACGACAAUGGAUUUGAAAAAAUUAGCCGGGUUCUUGGAGACGGAACCAGAAAAGUUGAGAAGCUGGCUGCUAGUGAACAAGCAGCGGUCGAGGCAGGUGAGAUGGAGCGAAGGGGCUUUGCUGGAAGGGGAGGUGGUUAACGGUAGUGAGUUGGAUUAUGCGUUGCAAGGAGAUCUGAUACAUACGAGUGAGGCGAAGGUAGGACGACGGCUUGUGGAUUGGUAUCUAAGGAAUCUGGCGAGGACGUAUUAA